AUGGCCAAGGAUGCUCAUGAUGUCUUGGAGUCCGAGUUGAAGCGGGAAAUUCACACUGAAGCUCAUAAUACUCCUUCAUGUACCUUUGUUAUACAGAAUGGGUCUCUCUCAAAUCUGGAAAGCAGAAAGGAUUUCUCAAAUGAAGCUCUACAUUUACCAAUUGGAGAACAACAUAUUAGAAAACUUGCUCGUGGGUCACAAAAUAUUGAAAGAUCUGCGAGGGAUUCACUACUUUCCGACUUCUCACUAAAGAAAGAUCCAGCGCGUAUUUUUGAUUAUGCGGUGCUGAGUGAAAGAACAAGCCAGUUUCACGGUGCUCAAGCAACUCUAAAUGUUUGGGGCUUGCCUGAUGUCGGUGCUAACCAAUCAAGCUCGUUUCGAGUUUUGCUUGCCAGCGGGGACGCCGGCCCUCCUAAUACCCUCAACGUUAUAGGCGCGGGAUGGCACGUAUUUCCAGAACUAUAUGGUGACCAUGAUACACAUCUAAUGGCAUAUUGGUCGACCGAUGGGUUUCAAAGUACUGGAUGCUACAAUCUUCUGUGCAAAGGAUUUGUACCUUAUUAUCCAUCAAAAUACGGCUUAGGGAGUAAAAUUAGACCACUGUCCACUUAUGAUGGAGAUCAAUAUGAUAUUACUUUAAAAAAUUUCAAGGAUAACACGACCGGAGACUGGGUGCUGCACGCCGGGCGCGGGGCGGACAAACGCGUAGGUCACUGGCCGAAGUCUCUUUUCACGAAUUUAGCGGAAGCCGCCUCCUUCGUCCAGUUUGUCGUCCAGUUUGGUGCCUUCGUCUCGUAUCAUCCCGUCGACAGGGCUCCCCCGAUGGGGAGCGGCCAUUUCCCUGAUGACUGCGACAAGAGAGCGGCGUAUCUUAAAGACGCUUUCGUGUUUAACCCAGUAGACGAGGCCGACGUUCCGUCGCCGGUGGUCGUCCAGAGCAAACCGGAUUGUUAUCGCGUCGGUGGAGGAUACCGUUCGUAUGCUCGGGAUUACAUCGGUGGCCCCGGUGGUUGCUCCGCUUAG